AUGACCAAUCAGAACCAUUCGUCUAGCAGUAAUAAUUUGUGCAAUGGUAUUGAACGCAACAAUCACUUAAAGGUCUAAUAAUAUUGCAACAGGCUAAAACGGUUGGUAUAUACAUAUGAUCUGCGAAAACAACACGUAAAUGUAUCUACAAAGUGCGAGAAACACCAAAAAUUGAAAAGUAAACAGUGGCCACUUUUUCGAAAGCAGAUAACAAUCAGUGGUGCAUUUUCGAGCUGUAGUUCAACAUCAUCACAGCAAAGCGCGUUGAUGCUGAAUGUAGGGCAGUGCUGAAUUCACUCUUUAUACUGCUCUCCAUUCUUAGCUCCACUCAUUGUAGACCACAUCAGAAUCAUUCGAAGAAUAACUCUUGUUAGAACAACCUCAGAAUGGGCUCCGAUUUGAAGGAUUUUUUGAAGCAGGCCGCCAUGCAGGUCGGUGCCGGAGGGUCAGCUGGAUUUGUGGAAGUAUGUAUCAUGCACCCGUUGGAUUUGGUCAAAACUCGGCUGCAACUGCAGGCCAGCCCAGGCGUGGGUGGCGCAAAAUCUGCCACCUACUAUAAUGGGGUGUUCGAUUGCAUCCGUAAAAUGGCUCAAAGUGAAGGCAUGCUGUCGCUGUACAAGGGAAUCUUGCCGCCGGUGCUCGUUGAAACGCCAAAACGGGCGGUCAAAUUUUUAACCUUCGAACAGUACAAGAGAUUUUUUCUGUUCGGUGCUGAUAAACCGACACCGCUGACUUUCUCGCUGGCAGGUUUGGGUGCCGGUGUGACGGAAGCUAUCCUGGUGAACCCAUUUGAAAUGGUUAAAGUUACCCUGCAAGCUAACAAGAGCAAGAUGGGUCAGGUACCGAGCACUUGGGCAGUAACCCGGCAAAUUAUAAACGAGUCCGGGUUCGGCCUCAAUGGCUUAAAUCGAGGCUUAACGGCCACUAUCGGUCGCAACGGAGUUUUCAACAUGAUCUACUUUGGAUUUUACCACAGCGUCAAAGGUUUGAUGCCGGAGUACAAGGAUCCGGUUCAGGAGUUCUUCCGUAAGGUAGGAAUUGGUUUCGUUUCCGGCACUUUGGGCUCAAUCGUGAACAUUCCAUUUGACGUCGCUAAGUCUAGGAUACAGGGACCUCAACCUGUACCCGGUCAGGUGAAGUACAAAUCCACCUUCGGUUCCAUGGCCAUCGUGGCACGGGAAGAAGGUUUCGGAGCACUGUACAAGGGUCUAACGCCAAAGGUGAUGCGUUUGGGUCCUGGCGGAGCUAUCAUGCUGGUGGUCUACGAUUAUGUGUACGCAUUUUUGGAUGAUUACUUUAAAUAGUCAAGACAGUGGACGUGGAACGACACUACCUCACAAGCAUUCUUAAAACCUACCGAACCAAGCGACGAAAUCGAUGCCGAAUAUAUUUCGACUACACAUGUUCUAAAUCUUUUAGGAAGAAAGCAUUUACAUAUUCUAAAUUAUUUUUAGAAUUUUAGCAUUUUUAUUCCAAUAUUAUGCCAAAAGAGCGAAAACAAAUUUACUCUAGUUGAAAAUGAGUCGUUUUUAUGGAUGUUAGUUUUGAUACAUUUAUGUAAAAAGUUUAAUAUAUUUUAACAAUA